AUGGGAUCCGUCUGCGGCAAAGAGAAGCCUGAAAACUUCGCUUCUCCCGGUCGACCUCUCGGCACCGCACCUCCCCAGCGCCAGACCGCCCCGGUCCCCAAGGUCGGCGGCCCGCCGCGCACCCUCGGCGGCGGCGGCCCCGAAGCCUCCACCGCCGGUCGCGAUGACCAGCGCCAGCGCGCCGCCGAGGCAGCCGAGGCCCGUGCCAAAGCCGCCAGCAAACCAACGGGCAAGCUCGGCGCGCAGCUCAACGCCCAGAAGAAACAGACGCGCAAUGAUACCCUCAACCAGCUUAGCGCCGAGGAGAGGCAGCAUCGGGCUGCGGACGCGGCGACCGUGGCGCGAGACUACAACUGA